AUGAUGUGCUUCCAGAAUGCUACUUCACUUCUCGGUCGUUUGAGUCACGUUUCUAUUGCAACUUCCGAUAUCGACAAAGCCUCGGCUUUCUACAAAAACCUGGGCGCUAAAGUUAGCGAAAAAGUGGCUGUUGAAGAAAUGAAGAAACAGGGAAUCCGGAAGUUAUCGAAAGAGGCCAGUAGUGGAGCGCCUGGGAAAUUGCCAAUAUUCCUUAAUCCGGAAGAUUGUGGUGGUGUGUUGAUUGAACUUGAACAGGAAUGA